AUGGCUACUGCCGACGACGUGGCUCCGACACUGGUUGAUACGAACUCAGAAUUUGUGACUAAUUCAAAUAUUAUUGAUAUACUCGAACCAACUGAAGCAGCAUUUCUUCAAAUGGCGAACGCAACGCAAAUGAACCCACUCAGGGCAUAUGCCAAUCAAAAUCCCUAUGCAGCCUCGCAUCCUUACCAUCCUCUUGCUCUGGGAAUGCCGAUGCUUCCAUUUCUAACAACUUCAGCCUUAACGUCAACAUCUUCACAACAUUCAUCAACACCUCAUCAGAUCAAUAAUAAUAACAACAACAACACUAGUAAUAUUGCGUCUUCAUCGUUGUCCUUCAGUGCGCUUCAGAUGCCAACUGUGGUUAAUCCGACAGCAUUUCUUCAUUCCACUGCUAUAUCACCGAUUAUUGUUCCGAGAAUGGAUGCAUUUCUCACCACUGCUGGUCCAAUCUCAGCUCCAUGUGCCUAUUUUACUGGCUCAGAAGCCAUUCCGGCAAUCUGCCAGCCGCUUUAUCCGCAACCUUAUUUUUUGCAACCGCGGCCCCUCAAUAACACGCAUUUGACCUUACCCACCACCGGAACAAUAUCAUCAGCAAAUCAGCAGAUGUCGCAUUCUUUUUCAUCAGCGAAUGCACAAAGAGUUAAUCAAGUUGAUCGUGCACAUCUCUUCGAUGAUCAGCCGACAUCUUCUGCAAUUUCCACAGAAAUUCCCGUGUUGCCACCGACAUUAGCAGCAGCGCCGCCAUUACGUUCAGCAGCGAUGCGCUUGAAACGACCAGCUGUGCGUCAUUCGUCUGUUAAUUGUAGCAAUAAUGCCUCGUCCUCAUUCAUACAACCCAAAAUAAGACGUUUCUUAUCAGAGCACGGUGAAACAUCGAGCACUGGUGCCACUUCUUCGGCUCAUACUCCUUCAUCUGCUUCCAUUGAACUUCCUAUCGAUGACGAAGAAGAGACGGGAACGCAGCGAUCUGUGAUGGUGAAUAGGAUUGAGCCACAUCGUGAAAUACCCAACAGUGUUAUCGAUGGCGCCAGUUCUGGAUUAAGUGCUUAUCAAACAAAUGAGUUUUGGCAUCCAUAUCAACAGAUCAGUGAUAGUGCGGUUAAUGUUGCAAAUCGGAGUAAAAAGAUUGUUUCAAGACGUGAAAUCGAUGUUAAUCCGAUACACAAUAGUUUACUGUCGUCUCGAAUCGCUCAACUUGAAAGAGAACGUCAAGCGAACAGUGCUUGGUUCCAACGUCACCCAAUGGCUGCGGGCAGCCUCGUGGGUUUAGACGUCGUUGGCCGUCGUGCUACUUCCCUUCUUCCCCUUCAGCGCUAUCCGAAUCCCCUUGUUGAACUGUCUGUGGUAAAUGCAUUAUUGCAACACAAUGAAGUUAAUGGUGCGAUCGGUGCAGCUGCAUUACCAAGUGAUCCGUUACCUGUUGGUGCAUCUGUGGAACGUAUUAUUAGUCUGACACAAGUACUCAAAUAUGUACGUGAUAUUGACUUACCUGAAGCUGAAAAUGAACGCUGCACGGUUUGUUUGGUGGAUUUUGAAACAGAUGAUUCUGUUCGUUCAUUGCCGUGUGCACAUAUAUUUCAUGUGGACUGCAUCGAUCGAUGGCUUGUCUAUAAUAAGAAGUGUCCCGUAUGUCGUCUAGAUAUUGAUGCAUGUGAGUCCGAAGCUGCCCAAUGA